AGCUAACUUUGAGUUCUUGAAGAAACUUGGUGUUGAUUGGUGGUGUUUCCAUGACAUAGAUAUAGCACCUGAUGGCAGUACACUUGAGGUAAUAACUCCAGCUUCUUACAUUGUGCGAUUGUCAAGCAGCAAGUUAUCGUAACCAAAUAGCCAUCAAGUUCCUGAAAUUCUUUUGGUUCUGUCUGGCGAUUGUGGUCUUGCGGAUCUCUCUAACAAAAACUUGGAGUUACGCUGCUGCUCAAGUGAAGAAGGCAAUGGAGGUGACACAUUACUUGGGCGGUGAAAACUACGUUUUCUGCUACUCAGGAAGCUGCGUCUCACUUAGAAGCGUUGGGUUGUGUAUUGACAGAUGUUUCUCUCUUUCAAAUUCCUUUGUCUCUGUUUUUCAUUUUGUAUGUUUUUUAUUGUGUCCUGAGAUUUCAGUUGGUAAAUUAAUAGGUCUCUCUUCCUUCGUUCUCCCUUGAGCUUAUGUAACUUCAAUAUUCAUGUAUCAAAUGUACAAUAAAAAUUGAUUAUUAUAUUACUAAAUCUUAUAAU